CAGCUUAGCAUCAUCUGCAAAUAAGUCCAUAUAGCUGUCUAUUUCUUCAUUUAUGUCAUUCACAUAUAUCACAAACAUUAUUGGUCCCAACAUUGAUCCCUGUGGGACACCACUAGUUACUUUCAGCUAGGAUGAAUUCUGGUUUUGUAUUACAGUUCUCAUCUCUCUAUCAUCCAGAUAAUCCUUCAUCCACUCCAGCAGUCUUCCUCCAAUUUUUCCAUAUUUUUUUUUUUUUUUUUAUCUUCCAUAGCAAUCUUUGGUGUGGUACUUUGUCAAAAGCCCUCUUCAAGUCUAAGUAGACACCAUCACUAGUCUGUCUCUCUUGCGCAAUAUCAACUGCCUUUGACUAAAAGGACAAUAAGUUCAUAGAGCAUGAUCUUCCCCGCCUAAAUCCAAAUUGAUAAUUUACCAAAACUUUAUCUCUUUCCAAGUGUUCCAUCAAUCUUUCCUUUAUUGUUCUUUCACAUUCUUUUACUACACCACUAGUAAAUGACACUGGUCUAUAAUUUGGUGGGUUUUCUUUAUUUCCCCCUUUGAAUAUUGGUGUAAUAUUUGCUCUCUUCCAAUCUUUUGGUACCCUUCCCUGCAACAAUGAUGUCACCACCAUACUGUGAAUUUUAUCAGCCAGUUGUUCUCUACAUUCUUUCAAUAUCCAGUUUGAUACUCCAUCUGGACCAGAUGCUUUAUUUAUUUCAAGGUCCUCAAUCAUCAUAAGUAUUUCAUCAUAACUGACUGGGACUGUACUUAGCGUAUUCCUCACCAAAUUAUCCCUUCCAGCAUCAAACUCCCCUUCCACAGUAAAUACUGAUCUGUAACUUUUGCCCAUAACCUCCGCCAUGUCCUGUGCAUCCUCAUAGAUUUUUCCUUCAGCUUUCAAUUUUGAUACACCUCUCUUCUUGAUCCUCCCUUUAAUAUGUCUAAAGAACAGUUUGGGUUCAUUUAUUCACUUUUCUAUUAUAUCUCUUUGAUUGUAUUUUCUCUCCAUUCUUAUUAUUUCAACAUACUUGUUUCUAGCAUCAAUAUAUUCCUUCCAUCUGCUCUCAGUUUUCCUUUUUUUCCAUCUAUUCCAACCAUUUAACUUACAAUUUCUAGCCUUUUUGCAUUUUGUAUUGAACUAUUCCUUACCUCUUCUACAUCUUUCUCCUCUAGGUUUCUCUACAGCAGUAUUGUAUAUCCUUAUAAAUUCAUCCCAUUUUUCCUGAACAACUUCUGCAUGUUCAAAGUCUUUCCAGUCCACGAUAACAAAGUACUUUCUUAAUUUUUUUCAGUGUGUGUGUGUGUGUGUGUGUGUGUGUGUGUGUGUGUGUGUGUUUGUGUGUGUUGUAAUUCCUUCCCUACGUCCAUAAACCUUUUAGGUCUUGUUUUCUUUCUUCUGUCCAUAAAAAUAACAUCAGCUGAUCCAGCAUUGCAACCUAACCCAACUGAUGCCCUGACCUAUUGCAGCAUAACCUAACCUAACCCAUGCCCCAACCUAAUCUCCUCUCCAUGCCACAGGUGAGCCAGGACGGAGGGUUCAGCUGCGACCACGACUGGAGCAUGCUGGUGUACUACAGGAGUGCCUAACGGCCCCACCUGUUGCGGGAGACCGGUGAACGCUCUGCCACUGGGAUCAUGAAGGAUGACCUGCUCAUGCUGAACCUCUUCCCAGAGGUGCCCACCAACACCUACUCCAGCAGGAAUGAGAUUAUCUUUGUCAUCGACCACUCAGGAAGCAUGCAUGGGCAAAAGAUAGAGAGUGCCCGGGCAACACUUCUUCUGUUCCUGAAGAGUCUGCCUCUGGGUUGCCUCUUCAACAUUUUCAGCUUCGGCUCAUCCUUCUCAGUGCUCUUCAAGAAGGGGAGUCGUGUGUACUCAGAGGCAACGCUGCGUGAGGCAUGCCAGCUGCAGGCCGCGAUGAAAGCCGACAUGGGGGGCACAGAAAUCCUGGCGCCACUCAAGGACAUCUAUGACAAGCCACCCAUACCUGGCUACUCACGAUAGAUUUAAGGUACAUGUCGCAUUCUUACUCACAGCAGCAGCACCUCUUGUCUUCGUCACUGGACGUGCCGUGCUUUCAUUACGGACACGGUCAUUUUUUUCUUCAAACCACCAGCGGCCCAGAAGAUGCAAAGGCAAUGCUGGGGCCGCCUCCCAGCCUCCCUUGGGUCUCAUGGAGGUGGUGAACCUGCAGCAGUUUGAUGGGUCGUGGGGGCUGAAGGACGCAGCGCACCUCACCGCCGUGCCUCUUGAUGCUCUCUGCCGCCAAUCCCGCCAAGGGCGAGGCAGCCUGGGCCACAGCGCUGGUGCUGGUGUUGCUAGAGAGGAAGUUUGGUGAGCAGAGGGAGGAGUGGGAGCUGCUGGCCACCAAGGGGCGUGCUUUCCUGGUUGGGUGUGUGGAGCAGCCCGAGGAAAUGCUGGCCAAGGCUCGACUCACGCUGGACUCCCAGUGAUUACCCAUGGACGCAAGGUAGUGGCAGUGGUGACUUCCCCACAGGACCGGCCGGCAGCCAUUGCUGAGAGACAUAGUCAGAAACACUCAGCUCUCUCACCAUGACUAGUUUCCAAGGCCACAGAGAUGAUUAGCCUGGUUCUCAGGAAUGUUUUUUUUUUUCUGAUAAUAAGGUAAAAAUGUUGUUAAUCUGCCACUAGAACUGUAAAAACACCCUUAGAAGCCUGCGUCACUUCAACAAGAGCCUUUUAAAAGUAGUGAAGGUGUGGUGUGGAAGUGUUUGAGAGUACAGUCCUGAAAGCCGUGGUGGAGCUGUGUAGUGUGGCAGUGGUGGGCUCACUGUCACUGGGGUGUUAUGCCACACACUUCUUGUGCCACUCAGUCAGGCUUGCAAUGUCCUAGUUUUCAUAGUAUACUCAAAUUUCAUAAUUUUCAUUAAAUUUGGAUAUAGUUUUUGCACACACACGCACACACACACACACACACACACACACACACACACACACAUGGUCUUAGAGUUAAAGAGAAAUUGGAAAUGCUCAUGAAUGAGAUCAAACUUAUUAGAAAGGACUUUGAGGCUAAAUUUCCCCAGCUGGAGGUCAAGAAUAACCUCCUGAGAGAGAAAUGUGAAUACUUGACUAAGACGACUCAGGGAAAAGCUGAAAAGAAAUCUGAAGGAACUGUGGAUGAAAGCAAGUUAAAUGAACUGUCCUUCAUCACUACUGUUACGUCCCUUUGGCAUCACCUCAAGAGAAAUAAACAAGAUUUUUUUUUUUUCGCCUACAUUCCGGUCACCUACUAUUUAUAUUUUAACUGCCCUAUCUUUUUAUUUCUUUGGAAGACUGUUCUCCUCAAAAGAAACACAGUCACUGAACAUCAAAUAAAUCAUUCUUCCUGAAGGUAUAUUCCCCCCCCACUCCACACACUAUAAGAAGUAACACAACAGGUCCUACACAAAUAAAGUAAAUGUACGGCGAUAAAUCGUGUGAGAGAAACAAAUAAAUGAUGAUGAUGAGAGGAGAAGUCCAAACACAAACUUAUUAUGGCUAGUAAGAUGGUGGUAGCCUCUGGGCCUCCAAGACUAACUGUGUGUGUGUGUGUGUGUGUGUGUGUGUGUACACUGGAAACACACUGGUAUUUUCUUGGAAGUGAUCUGUCCUCUCCCAAUCCCCCCCCCCUCUUUCUCUUCUCUCUCUCUCUCUCUCUCUCUCUCUCUCUCUCUCUCUCUCUCAAACUAACCUAAAUUAAGAUUAUUGGAAAACUUGGUAAACAAGCUGAAAGGCAGUAAACAGCCACUCUUUGCAUUUUCUUGAGCUCGGUCUUUCGUUCAUCCCGUCCCCGCGCCACGAAGACAGACAGAAGCGAGAGACAACUAGACCACUGGAGAAAAAGAUAAUGUGGUAUAAUGCAAGACACCAAAAGACAACAUGAAUACAGCAUGUGGGACAGGCGCUGCGACACCCCCUUUAGGGCAUUAAUAUACAUACAAAAGAGAGAAAACUUUGCAUGUACCAUUGACUAUGCAACGAUACGACAGCGCACUGAGAAAACACCCGCAGGAAAGCAAAGGCAAGACAGCACGCAAGGACGAAAAUACAGCAGGGUAUAUAAAGUAAAAUAGAGGAAUUAUCGUAACAUCAGUACGUGUAACUAUAAGAAUAUACGAAAACGCACUAAGUAACCUGGCCAUCACCAUACACAACCGCUAUACGACAGAAAAAGAUGUGCAAUAGGAAUCAGAGUACUAUGGAAAUAAAGGCAGAUGAAUAAAUUGAUGACCAAUGAAACUUCCCUCUGGUGUCAGUCUUAAAAUUGACGAUGUAAACUCCUCCAGGUGGUUUCUGCACAAGAGAGAGACCAUGUUUGCAUGUUUGUAUUUUUGUUGUUUGUAUAUUCCCUUUCUGGUUAAACGCUCAAGGUCAUUUUAUGCAACACCAACAAAAAAAAAAAAAAAACCUCAGUGUUAGUUAGAAAUCUGACUGAAUUAUUCCUACUUAAUUUCAAUAUAAACUUUCCGCGGCUCUCCUUGUUACAGUAGCCAUAGCGUUCUUGCUCAGUUUCCCUCCUUGAUCAUUAGUGAAGGAAGCACACUUGUUGCCCUCCAUGUUCCUCAACUGACUUUUUUUUUUUUUCUGUGGAAACAAACUUCGACAAGGAUAUUUGCGAUGUACAAGCGGCCUUUUUGGUGUAGCUUCAAUGUAGGUAUCGGUGCAAUUUCCUUUUUCAUCUUUUGCUUCUUUCUUAUUCCCCACCAUUCACAUUUCCGUUUGUGUGUGUGUGUGUGUGUGUGUGUGUGUUCUUUCCCCCAUCACUUUCUUCCAUUUCUCCCACUUUCUUUUCCCGGCCACAUGAUGACUUGCCUCGCGCUCCCCCUUCAAGGAAAACUAUUGACCUUUAACCUUGGAUGUCGUGGAGUCAGAUAGGAGAGACGAGAGAAAACAAGCCUCGGUACAAUAUUUACAGGAAACCACAUACGUACGUACAUACACUUUUCCUUUACUUACUUUAUCGUCUUGUGUCAUAAAAGGUUUAAUAUGUUUUCCAGAGAGAGAGAGAGAGAGAGAGAGAGAGAGAGAGAGAGAGAGAGAGAGAGAGAGAGAGAGAGAGAGAGAGUCCCUUGGUCGUCUGGUGUACUGUCUUAAUUGCGUCAUUGCUCAGUUGCCAACGCGUAAAAUUGGGUAGAUAAGCAACUUUAAGUCUGGCUUUUGUGGCUGAUAUUCAACUCUUUCAUUUUAACAAGAUUGCGUCAUUCACGGGAUAAUAACGCCUUUACUGCCUUUUGUAAGCCCGUCUUCCACACACACACACACACACACACACACACACACACACAUAUGUGCUUGCGGUUAGAAAGUUUGAUAAAUAUUUAUUGACAACAAACAACAAUACAAACAAAAAAUACAGGAAAUACAUUACUAUACUGAAAUUAAUGUAAAUACUGAUAUGGAUAGCAUUCACGGGUCCAUCAAACACAUGUACACACACACACACACACACACACACACACACACACACACACACACACACACACACACAAGCGGACACCAAGUCAAAGUAUGGAAAUUAAUUAAGUCCAGGUGUGCGCACUCUCCUGCCGCAUGCAACAGGUAAGCCUUCUCACAAAGAGGUAACGUGACGGCAGCCAACUGAAAUAGACUCUUAAUGAAAAAAACACAAUGAAAAAAUACAGAUGCCUUCACAUCGACAAAAUACCGUCAGGCUCCCCUAGCACGUUCCAGCACACUCUCAUUACGCCUUCCGCUGCCUCUCCUCCAGCCAGAUUUGCUCGGGCACGCGAUAAUGGCAAUGCAAAGGCAGAAUGAUGAAAAUACCCUGAAUGAAAAGGCAAAAAACACAAUUAGUGGCAAAAAAAGUAGCAACAACAACACUAUUAUCAUUUAUGACAACAACCUUUGCUAGUACAUCUUUUACUAAGUACUACUACUACUACUACUACUACUACUACUACGACUACUACUACUACUACUGCGUGCGUGUGUGAUUCACCUACGUAUUGCCUUGAUUGUCACGUCGUGGUCUUAUAAACAGCAUUUUUCCCUGCCGGUGAGAGUAAGUACAGCCUUGAUUAUGGGUAAUGCGUUGUACAGUAAGUCUGAGCGAGACUGGCCACGGGAUAAGUUUGAGCUGCGAAACUUUUAGCACGCACACACACAUACACACACACACACACACAGAGUAUGAACCAACUUUUACCUGGUUCAGUAACUUUGUGUCAAAAGUUUUGGCACCAAGUAAACUACCACCUGAUGAGGUGACUAUUAUUAUUAUUAUGAUUAUGAUUAUUAUUAUUAUUAUUAUUAUUAUUAUUAUUAUUGUCGUGUUAUGAUAUUUUUUUAAAAUUCUCUCAUACAGUUUUCAUUUCCCUAUUACGGUUGACGUCAAGCACGGCGUCUCAAACACACACACACACACACACUUUGAUUAAUUUCAUGUAAUCAACGUGGGAGUCAGUGUGUGUUUUGUUAUUAGUAAUUAUGUAAACUAAUCCCACAAACCUCCUGCAUGGAAUGUGUCAGUACGUAUGGGGUGAAAUUAAUUAAUCUAUAAAGAAUUCAAGAAAAAGGAAAGGUGAAGAAAAGAAUACAUAUUUACAUUUAUAUCCCCUCACUCUCAUCACCCUCCACUCCUCUUUUCCCUUUUCUCUUCACGCCCCCUCCCUCCAUCCCCCUUGACGUCAACUGCAGAUCUAAACUCUAUUUUACG